CCCCCCCUUGUCUUCCCCCGCGGCGCGCGCGGCCCGCUCAGACCCCGCCCCCACGGCGAUGCUCGCGCUGCUGCUGCUGCUGGGGGGGGCGGCGGCCCCUCCCCCACCCGAGACACCCCCGUUCAGCCCCGAGGCGUGGCUGCAGCGCUACGGGUACCUGCCCCCCGGGGACCUGCGCUCGGCGCUGCGCUCGCCCCGCGCGCUGCAGGGGGCGCUGGAGAACAUGCAGCGCUUCUACGGGCUGCGCGUGACCGGCCGCGCCGACCCCCCCACCCUCAGGGCCAUGCUCCGCCCCCGCUGCGGGGUCCCGGACCAGCUGGGGUCGCAGGUCAAGGGCAACGUGCGCAGGAGACGCUUCGCCCUGCAGGGGUCGCGCUGGCCCGGCCCCGAGGUCACCUACAGCAUCCAGAACUUCACCCCCAAGGUGGGCCGCGCGGGGACGUUCUCGGCCAUCCGCCGCGCCUUCGCCGCCUGGGCGGCCGCCGCCCCGCUGACGUUCCGCGAGCUGCCCUAUGGGGCGGGAGGCUCCGCCCCCGCGCCCGACAUCCUCAUCCUAUUCGCCGAGGGUUUCCACGGCGACAGCGCCCCAUUCGACGGCCCCGGCGGCUUCCUGGCCCACGCCUACUUCCCCGGGCCCCACAUCGGGGGGGACACGCACUUCGACGGCGCCGAGCCCUGGACCGACCAGAACCACGACCUGAGCGGGAACGACCUGUUCCUGGUGGCCGUGCACGAGCUGGGCCACGCGCUGGGACUGGAGCACUCGAGCGACCCGUCGGCCAUCAUGGCGCCGUUCUACCAAUGGAUGGACACGGAGGCCUUCGUGCUGCCCGACGACGACCGGCGCGGCAUCCAGCAGCUCUACGGUGCCGGGGGGCUAUGGGGCGCUCCCCCUCCCCAGGCUCCGCCCCCGGCCCCACCUGGCCGCCCCUCCCCCCCGCCCCCCCCCUCCCCGGGCUCCCCCCCCGGCCCCCGCAUCUGCGACGGCGCCUUCGACACGGUGGCCAUGCUGCGGGGGGAGAUGUUCAUCUUCAAGGAGCGCUGGUUCUGGAGGGUCCGCGAUGGGCGGGUCCUACCGGGCCACCCGCUCCCCAUUGGUCAGUUCUGGGCGGGGCUGCCCCCCAGCAUCAGCGCGGCCUACGAGCGCAAGGACGGCAAGUUCGUCUUCUUCAAAGGUGACCGGCACUGGGUGUUCGCCGAGGCGGCGCUGGAGCCGGGGUACCCGCGCCCAUUGGGCUCCAUGGGCCGGGGGGUCCCCCCCGACGGGCUGGACGCCGCGCUGCUCUGGCUGCCCAGCGGGAAGACCUACCUGUUCCGGGGGGACAAGUAUUACCGGUUCAACGAGGACACGGGCGCCGUGGACCCCGAUUACCCCAAGGACAUGGGGGUCUGGGGGGGCGUCCCCGACAGCCCCCAGGGGGCGUUUGUGGGGCACGACGAGGCCUUCACCUACUUCUUCAAGGGCUCCCUCUAUUGGACGUUUGACAACCGCGCCCUCCGCGUCACCCCGGGCUCCCCCAAAUCCCUGCUCCGCGAUUGGCUGCACUGCCCUGGCCCCUCCCCCCCGCCGGCCAACCCCGACGACACCGACGUCAUCGUCAUCGCCGUGGGGGGCGGGGCCGGGGCGCUGGCCACGCCCCUGGCGCUCUUGGCUCUGAUUGGUGGGGGGGCGGGGGCGCUGGCGCUCGUUUGGUGGCACCGGGGACCCCCCAAGAAGCUCCUGAGGUGCCAGAGGAGCCUCCUGCCCCGGGUUUAGCUCCGCCCACCCGGGACACGCCCACCGGGGACACGCCCACCGGGGACCAAGCACCAAUGGGGAGACGGGGGGUUAAAGGGGUGGCCCCCCCCCCGACCCCCAUUGAUCCCAUUGACCCCAUUGACCCCAUUAAUCCCCAUUGACCCCAUUGACCCCUAUUGACCCCCAUUGAUUCCUAUUGACCCCCAUUGACCCCUAUUGACUUCCAUUGACCCCUAUUGAUCCCCAUUGUUCUCUAUGGGUCAAUCUAUGGGUCAAUUUAUGGGUCUCUUUGUCUCCCAUUGACCCCCAUUGACCCCCACUGACCCCAUUGACCCCAUUGACCCCAUUGCCCCCACUGAUCCCCAUUGACCCCAUUGAUCCCACUGACCCCAUUGACCCCCAUUGACCCCCAUUGACCCCAUUGACCCCAUUGACCCCCACUGACCCCAUUGACCCCAUUGCCCCCACUGAUCCCCAUUGACCCCAUUGAUCCCACUGACCCCAUUGACCCCCAUUGACCCCAUUGACCCCCAUUGACCCCAUUGAUCCCAUUGACCCCAUUGACCCCAUUGAUCCCACUGACCCCAUUGACCCCCACUGACCCCAUUGACCCCCAUUGAUCCCCAUUGACCCCAUUGACCCCCAUUGACCCCAUUGACCCCCAUUGACCCCCAUUGACCCCAUUGAUCCCAUUGACCCCAUUGACCCCAUUGAUCCCAUUGACCCCAUUGGUUCCCAUUCCAGCGGUGGCCCCGCCCCCUUCCCCAUCCC